AUGAGAUCACAAAUCGUUGAUAUUACGCCGACACAUGACGAGCCUGCUCAGGGGUGUCCUGACGAAGGACUCGGGGAGGUGGAAAAGCCUGAUCUCACGCGGCCUCGACAAGAUGCCUUUGGUGACGAGGAACAUGCAGAGGUUAAGUACAAGGUGUUAACAUGGUGGCAAGGAGGUCUUCUCAUGGUUGCCGAGACCAUCUCACUGGGUAUCCUCUCGCUUCCAGCAGCCAUUGCCAGUUUAGGUCUCGUCCCAGGUCUCAUUAUCCUCGUCGGCCUGGGGCUUCUGGCUUGUUAUACCGGCUAUGUUAUUGGACAAUUUAAAUGGAGAUACCCUCAUAUUUCAAGCAUGGCAGAUGCCGGCGAGAUCCUGAUGGGCCGGUUUGGUCGUGAGUUGUUUGGAACGGCCCAGCUGCUGUUCCUGGUCUUCAUCAUGGCGAGUCAUAUCUUGACAUUUACUGUUGCGCUCAACACAAUCACGGGGCAUGCAACGUGUUCGAUUGUUUUUGGUGUCGUGGGCAUGAUCAUCUCGAUCUUCUUGUCGCUACCACGAAAACUUGCACAGGUGUCAUGGCUUUCGCUUAUUUCAUUUAUCAGCAUUUUCAGCGCCGUUAUGAUUGCCAUGGUUGCCCUCGGAAUUCAAAAUACUGGAUCUGUUCUCGAACCGACCGUUGAGACCAACCUAGUAACAGGGUUUACGGCUGCUGCAAACAUUGCUUUCUCAUACGUCAGCCACAACACAUUUUUCACCUUCAUGGCGGAACUCAAGGAUCCGAGAGACUUCCCAAAGGCUCUUGCCCUGCUUCAAACUAUCGAUAUGACUCUUUAUAUCAUUGCUGGUGUUGUUAUUUAUCGGUAUGCGGGCGCCGAUGUCACAUCUCCAGCAUUGGGUUCUGCUGGCCCGCUGAUAUCCCGGAUUGCUUAUGGUGUCGCUCUUCCCACUAUUGUUAUCGCCGGUGUUAUCAACAGCCAUGUCGCCGCCAAGUCCAUAUACAUUCGCAUCUUCGCAGGAACCGACCGUAUGCACAAGCGCGACCUAGUUGCGAUCGGCUCUUGGGUUGGACUAACUGUCUGCUUAUGGAUCGUUGCGUGGAUUAUUGCCGAGGCAAUCCCUGUGUUCAGCAGCCUUCUUACUCUUAUUACUGCUCUAUUUGGUAGUUGGUUUACUUUCGGGUUCACCGGCAUAUUCUGGCUUCACAUGAAUAAGGGACUGUGGUUUUCGUCGCCGAAGAAAAUCGCCUUGACACUACUUAACACUUUUGCUAUUUGCGUCGGUAUUGUCCUGUGUGGCCUUGGCCUCUAUACCUCUGGAAAAUCUAUUCAUGACAAUCCAGGCAGCUCGAGCUUCUCGUGUGCCAACAACGCAUAG